AGGUCAUCCUGCCUCCAAGGGAGACGGCUGGUUGCGCUGCAGACUAGUCGACAGAAGACAAGAUCCACUCGUCAGUCAUCAUGAUGCGCCUCAUCAUUUUGUGUAUACUGGGGGCAGGUGUCACCUCAGCCAGGCCUCAGGUACCAUACAGCCGCUUACCCCAGCAGUACCGGGAACCACUCCAGGCCUAUCAGGAUGAUCCCAGGUACCCAGUAGGUCAGCCAGAGCAGUACCAGACAGAGCAUCCCAGGUACCUGAAGAAACACCACCAGGAGAUAGAGGAAGAUCUGGAGGAGGAGGCUGGCAACAGCAUCCCAGGUACACCUGGAAAGGACUACCCAGUACACUCCACUAUCCCUGCCACCAGCUUCUCUUGUAGGGACAAAUUACCUGGCUUUUAUGUUGAUGAACCAUCUGGCUGUCAGGUAUGGCACUACUGCAAAACAGACGGCCUCAUGGAGUCGUUCCUCUGCCCUAAUGGCACCAUCUACAACCAGGGCAACCGUGUAUGUGAGUGGUGGUUCAAUGUGAAUUGCGACGCUGAGACCAUCGCUCUACAGUCCAGGAUCAACGAGGACCUGUACAUAAUACCAUCGCCUAAGCCAGACCAAGAUACCCCGGUCCUGCAGAAGACCCAGGUUCAUUCCCAGUACUCUGAGCCCCAGUACGACUCCGAGAACCAGUACCAGCAAGGAUACCAGGGAUACCAGGACCAGUCCCAGUAUUAAUGUACCAGUACCAGCAAGGAUACCAGGGAUACCAGGACCAGUCCCAGUAUUAAUGUACCAGUACCAGCAAGGAUACCAGGAAUACCUGUCCCAGUAUUGAUGUACCAGUACCACAAGCAUACCAGGGAUACCACGACCAGCCGGAUACCUGGAAUAUUCCCGUAUUUACCAGUGAUGUAAAUUGCUAUGUAUAUUGUGUA